AUGUCAGCUCAAGCACCACAAGUCCUGUCUCGACGGGCAAACGGAGGUCUUCAGACAUCAUCAAAUCAGACCUCAGAACCAACAAAGGGAAAGGGGUCACACGAGAACAGUUCUCAUGGAAAAGCUAGAGGGAGAGGCUCUAAUGCAAGAUCUACCGAGGCCAAUAAGCAUGCGAAUGAGAGCGAAACUCCAAAACCCACCAAAACCAAGGCUCAUAACGAGGGUGAAAAGCUCGUGAUACGUCGUCUGCCUCCUGGAAUGACCCAGGCAGAAUUUGUAUCAAUUCUUGGAAGUGAGUGGGAGUUGGGUAAGGGCAAGGUUGACUGGUUUUCCUUCGCUGGAGGAAAGAUUUCUACUGACCCCUCGAAACCUUCUCGGCCUGGCCGCGCCUACGUUCAUGUUAUGAAAAAGGAUGAUAUCUUGCCUAUGAGCGAUGCUGUGCGAACCGCUGUCUGGGAGGAUGCGAAGGCAUCUUUUAAUAGCCCUUCUUUGAUUGGUCCUCCUUCAGUUGAGUUUGCCAUUUACAAGAAGGUCCCAAGCAAUAAGAAGCGCACCGAUGCUCGACAGGGAACAAUCGAUCAGGAUCCUGAAUUCAUGGCUUUCCUGGAGGAACUAGCGAACCCAGCGCCGCCAAAAGAAACCGUCGAAGGAGAAGAGGGCGACGACCUUGGUAAGGCGGAGGCUAAAGUCACCACUACGCCGCUCAUCGAGUACCUCAAGGAGAAGAAGGCAAACAAAGCAAAGGAGAGCUCAUCCUCCAAAAAUUCCAAACAUGGGCAGGAUUCUAGAAGCGGCAAGGGGAAGAACUCGUCUAAGGACGAAGACUCGGGUAAGAAGAAGGGCAAAGAGUCCAAGGCAGAUAAAGUAGAAAAGACCCCCAAGGAGACGGUCAAAAUCCUCACCAAGAAAGCAACUUCUGAGCCGAAUGCGGAGACCUCGAAGACCAAUACUAAAAGCCAGCCCAACGACUCAAGCGCCCAGGAAACUGCACCCAAGAGCCGACGUGCGGGAAUUUUGGCUGCAGCAAGGAUCCUUCAACGAGAUCUUGGUCUCAGUCCCGGAAGUGCGCACAGAAAGGCGCGUCAAGACGCUGCCAAAGCAGAUGCAGAUGCAAAGACGCCAGAAAAGGAGAGCAUAUCUACUGCCGAAACAAAGGCUAGUGCUUCUGAAAGCCCAUCUUCGCCUGUCAAACCAGCCGAGGCAGAAGCACCAGAACCGAAGGGACGAGGUGCUGGAAAUGCCAACAAGCAGCAGCAGUCAAACCGCAGAACUCGAGGCGGAAAGAAUGCUGAGAAGAGCAAGGAAAAGGAGAAGGGUAAGGAAAAUAGUAAGGAGAAAGCUAAGGAGAGCACAUCGGGUCAACCAGCUCCCACCCCUCCAAUUGUGCUCCUCAAGAAGAAAGGUAAUGAUGCUGAAUCUAACUCACCGACGAAGCCAGCGAAUACCACAACGCAAGCGCAGGCCGCACAGGGAGGGAGAUCGAAAACAGACAAUGCAGCCGGUGGCUCUAAAGGCGGACCUAAUAAGGGACCCAAUGCCCAGAAGAAGCCCCCUACUGUUUCUCCUGAUGCUACUCGUGGCUUUGUCAAGCAUGCCAACCCCUCCCAAGGCGUUACUGAGGCGUUGCUCAAACAGACGCUCUCAAAUUUUGGCACAAUCACCUUUGUUGAGAUUGACAAGCGAAAGGGGUUCGCUUAUGUUGACUUUGCUGAACACGAGGGUCUUGUGAAGGCUGUUACAGCCAGUCCCAUCACUGUUGCACAGGGUACUGUGCAAGUUUUGGAGCGCAAGGACAAGAAGCCUGCCAAUACGAACGCAAACGCGGCCACGACAGCACCUGCACCAGCUGCUGGAUCUGCUGCGUCGGAAAAGGCGUCUGGCCGUGGUCGACGUGGACGAGGUGGAGGCAAUAAGGCAAAGGAUUCUGGUCCUAACAAUCAAGGGACUGCUGCUCCUCCUUCAGCUCCAGCCAACACUGGCGGCUGA